GGGAGCUAAUCCCAACGCUAUUUACCGCACGUGCUCACUGGAUCCGAUCUCACAACUGUUAACCGACGACUUGAAGAUGAACUUGGAGCAGAAAGAAGCUUUGGAUAUCGCCCUAUCCGGCCACAAUCUGCUUAUAACGGGACAGUGCGGCACCGGAAAAACGUAUACGCUGAGGAAUAUCAUCAAGGCUCUCAAGUCAGCUGGACGGAAAGUGGGAAUAACUGCUGUCACAGGUCUGGCCAGCAAACAGUACCAGGAUUUGGGAGGAGAGACGCUGCAUCACUGGGCUGGGCUGUUUGAUGGAAGAUUUUCCAAGGAGGAGGUCCUUACUAACGUACUCAACAAUGAUGCAUAUGGGAAUUGCCUCAAAAACAUAACCAUUUCAGAAGUUCUCAUCAUUGAUGAAAUAGGAAUGCUCAGCGCUAAACUGUUUGAGGUUCUUGAAUAUGUAUGCAGUCAUUGCCGCAGUAAAGAACAUUGGUUUGGUGGCUUACAGAUCAUCGCUUGUGGAGAUUUCAAGCAACUUCCUCCAGUUCCUGACCACUUUCAUAAUGAUCCAGGACUUUUCUGCUUUCAGUCAUGUGUGUUCAAACAUAUAUUUCCUCACCACCUAAAUUUCCAAGAAGUGGUUCGCCAGGCUGAAGCGGAUUUGAUUGUUGCCAUCAAUGAACUCUGUAAUGGACGCCCAUCGGAGGAAACUCAUACUUUAAUGAAGAAUCUCAAUAGACCACUCAACACAAACAAAAGACCAACCUUGCUCUUUGGGACAAAUUUUGAUGUCGAAUAUGAAAAUCAGAUGGCACUGCAUGAAGAUGGGGAAAACAUAAGAUGUUAUAGAGCGCUGGACUCGGGUGAGACACUGUUGCUGCAGCGAUGUCAAGCGAAGAAGAACUUACAGUUGAAAGUGGGAGCACCUGUUAUCCUCAUAAGAAAUGUGAAACAUUCUUUGGUGAAUGGUUCAAAAGGAACUGUUCUUUCUUUCACAGACAAGGGUCCAGUUGUUGAUUUUGAUGGCCUAUGUGUACUUGUUGAACCCCUCAACUUUGAAAUUUAUGACUCUAACCAAAAGAAAGUGCGAGCCAACAGAAAACAGAUCCCUUUACGCCUUGCCUUUGCUUUGACAGUACAUCGAGCUCAGGGUAUGACCAUCGACCCUCUCAUAGUUGAUUGUGAAAGCUAUUUCCUUCCGGGACAACUUGGUGUAGCUGUAGGGAGAUGCAUCAGCAAAGAGGGUCUACAGGUGAAGAAUUACAGGGAAGAUGUUGCAUCAAAACAACACACAGAUGAAGUUUAUCAUUUCUAUGAUGCGCCCUUUUUUCCAACAAUGACUGACCUAACAUGCUGCAAGAAGGACAGAAACUACAAUGAAAUGAAGGAAACCGAAAGUGGAGAUGAUAGUGAUGGUGACGAUAGGGAUGUGGAUGAUGCUGCUGAAGAUGAAGCUGAACCAUUAGUUGCGCAGGCACCUGCUGUAGAAGUUCCGGAACUGGCGGAAGAUGAUAAGACAAGAACUCAUCUGCUGCUGGUUGACUUUUUGAAGACUGUAUCAAAAAGAGAUAAGCAGAAAAUUAUUCUGAAUCCAUUGGCAGCAAAUCUUCAACAGCACUUUGUUGUUUUGGAACGUCAAGUCAAUAAGCUCCUCAGUCAGCAGUCAGGUACGAUUAUUGACAAAGCUUCUCAGUGGCAGGAGGCCUGCACCAAGUUAACUACUUUUCUAAAUUCUCCAGAGCACCUGUCAUUGUGUAAAAACCUCAGUCAUUGUGAUGAAAUAACUGUUGAGAAGAAAAUAUCCUCAAAGUUGACAAUGUGGAUUAUUGAGCGAGAGGUGGAAAAACGAGCAAGCAUUGUCACUUCUGAACAGAGAGAGAGUAAUGUGGUCGAUGUAGAAGAUACGACAGAGGUAGCGAGGGCAAAGAUCAGACAUCUUGCGGGGGCUUGCAUUCAUGCAGUCAGGAAGCGCCUUCGUUCUUCAGUCAUGACUAAACUGGAUUCCUUGACUAAAAAGUGUCGUCAUAAAGGUAGCAUGGAUUUCCGAAAACAGAAGCUUAUAUCUCAGCUGAGAGUGUCGGAAAUGGAAGUGAAAGAACAAACAAAAGAUCAAUCCAGCCUGUCAGAAAUAGACUUUAAACAAGGUCAAUCAAGGGGUUUAAUGUAUGUUGCCGACAGUACCUUCAACUUCUUCUUAAAACUCCACAAAUCUGUGCAGUCCAAUAUCACUGUGAACAUACUCCAUCUACGUCAUGAUGAUAUUCAUCGUUGUACAAAGGAGGCAGUACUCUCUGAUCCUGAACUAUUCAGUGACCGGCUAAAACUGUUUGAAAUUGAUGACACCAAAUCAGAAGAUGAUGACUAUGUUCCAGUUUUUCAUUCUCUUUUACACGACCUAUUUGUUGAUAUUUGUGACCACUACUUGAAGAUUAAUCUUGUAGACUCUGUGAAAUUAUUUAAAGCAUUAUUGCCGAGGAAGAAGAAACAACCAUUAAGAUCAAAGAUAGCUGCAUUCUCUGAUAAACCAGGCCCAUCUACAUCAAGGAAAAGGAAAUCCGAGAAUGACACUACACAUUAGAAUGAGAACUAUUGAUG